GCCCAUUCGUCCAACAUACACGCACGUAGCGGCUCGGAUGACCACGUAUCCCAUUUAUUCACUUGCUCUGCCCCACUAAUGCACCACGCAGCACAGAGCCCCUCGUCGGCCGAUAUGUGAAUGCACCCGAGCCCAACUGCACUCUUACGACACCAAUCUCGUUUAGCGCUGUCGCAGCAUGAUGCAGCUUCAUAUACCGCCCGCCCUUUUCGUGCGUCACACACUGCUCCUGUGUGCUGUACCAGGGGCCUGUUGACGCGAUGUAGAUGUCGAUAGGCAGCCGACACUGGACGUCUCUGGGGGCGGCGAUGAGCUGCUGCAUCAUCCCUUUGUUAAUAUAGAAGGCACACGUGCCGUGGGCGUAGAUGCACGUCGGCUGAGACACAGGUAAGGCCCGCCAUAGAGAAUAGAAUGGCCGCCGAUCUUCAGCCGCUCGACAUGCCUCUUUCCGAAAGGAUUCAGCGUCAGCGAGCACCACAUCUGCAGACACAUGGAGGCAUUGCAUGUGAAUGAGGGAUCUUCAUGGUGUCUCGUGUGCAGCGGCAGAUGAUUACCGUCUUCGAGGAAGAUGAACCCCGGGUCAGAGUAGUUGGCCAGCACCGUCCUGAGCACCGACUGAUAGGCGUAGAAUAGGCGGUUGCUGAAGGUGAUGGUCCGGCACUUGCUCCGCCGAUUGUACUCAAGGCUUGGCGCUGUGGUAUUGAUUAUCGUCAUAUCAAAGCGGGACGCCCACGAGAGGCGGGAACGAAUGCGUCUCCCGUCGUCUUCUGGACGGGCCGAUAUCAUGAACACCCGUGGCAUAGGGCACGAUGCUGACAUGGCGGAGCUGCUCGCAGGGCACUGCAUGGCGUAGAAUGGGGCGAGCAUAGACGCCUUGACGAAGUCCAAUGGACUCUGCCGCUCGUUGAUUUGGGCCCGCCGAUGGAGGACGGCGAGAGUCGCCAGUGCAGACAGCGCCAGCAUGCCGAUGCACAGCCACGGAGCACUGUUGCAUGUCGAUGCGAGGCAGUCCUUCAUUGCAUCGAUGCGAGGCAGUCCUUCAUUGCAAUUGGCACUGAUCAAGCACCGAAAGAGUAGGAAAGAGGCAGGUUGAUCAUGAGCAAGGAAGAGGGCUGAUUAAUAUGUUGGCUCACGUGAAGGCUUUGAGAUCGCAAAGAGGCGGAGAGGGAGGGAUCAAAAAGAUGCGCACGAGAGUUGUC